AAAAACAGAAGAAGAAAAGAAUAUGCUUGGUGUGAACACCACUUUCGUUGUCGUUAAGUGCCAGAGCGACGACGACAUGCAUUCUGUCGUUUGAUUUAAGCAGCGGACGACACCAUCUCCUUCCCAACUUCCUUAAACCCUGUCCUGCAAAUCCAGACUACGGCUAUGGAAACCAUAUACCGAUUCUCACUUCGUCUCGCCCCGAUAUCUUUCGCCGAAAAAUGCCUCCAACCCAGAUCAAUCACCCCGAUAUUUCGGAAAACCCGAAUACACUUUUUGAACCCCGGACCUCAAAACCCGGAACCGGCCUUUAACACACAUUUCCCGACCCGGAAAAGCUACAGCUCAGGCUCUUCUCCAGUUGCCAAAGCGGGUUGGCUUCUGGGUCUGGGAGAGAAGAAGAAAAGCACGAGCUUGCCCGAUAUAGUGAAAGCGGGUGACCCGGUUUUGCACGAACCGGCCCGAGAUGUUGAGCCAGGGGAUAUUGGGUCGGAGAGGAUCCAGAAGAUAAUUGAUGAUAUGGUGAAGGUGAUGAGGAAGGCUCCUGGGGUCGGUCUUGCUGCUCCGCAAAUUGGAAUUCCCUUGAGGAUAAUAGUUUUGGAAGAUACAAAGGAAUAUAUUAGUUAUGCACCCAAGGAAGAGACUGCCGCUCAAGAUAGACGGCCUUUUGAUCUUUUGGUGAUUCUUAACCCAAAGCUUCAAAAGAAGAGCAACAGGACUGCAGUAUUCUUUGAAGGGUGCUUAAGUGUUGAUGGAUUCAGAGCAGUGGUGGAGCGAAACCUUGAUGUUGAGGUUUCAGGUUUUGAUCGAAAUGGCCAGCCCAUCAAAAUAAGUGCUUCAGGUUGGCAGGCUCGGAUUUUGCAGCAUGAGUGUGAUCAUUUGGAGGGAACUCUUUAUGUGGAUAAGAUGGUCCCUAGAACGUUUAGAACUGUUGAAAACUUGGAUUUACCUCUUGCUGAGGGGUGCCCCAAGCUUGGAGGUCGCUAGCUUAUAUCUAUGGCUAUGGAAAGGCACUCCAGUUUACAAAAUGCAAAGGUAAAGCUGUCAUAUGCGAUACUGAGAAUUUGUAUGCAAUUGAUUCUGGUCUCUUUUAGUGCAAAUGACUGUUGGAGA